UAACUAAUAAGAGACACUCACUCUUAGACGGGCGGCCAUCCGGCCCGGAGCGAACGCGCUGACACAGCGCCGGAUUUUGGUGGCCCAAAGUGCAACGACUUGGGGCCCGAACAGGAGGGCCCCAACUAGAGAGAGACCGCCUUAAGGCGGCGCAGAGAGAGAGGAGAGCAUGGAGCAGUUCGAACAACUGCUGACCUGCGCGAUUUGUCUGGACCGGUACAGAAAUCCAAAACUGCUACCAUGCCAGCACAGUUUUUGCAUGGAACCAUGCAUGGACGGUUUGGUGGACUAUGUACGUCGACAAGUCAAGUGUCCGGAAUGUCGAGCGGAACAUCGCAUACCUUACCAGGGCGUCCAGGCGUUCCCGACGAACGUCACGCUGCAGAGAUUUUUGGAAUUGCACAUAGAGAUCACCGGGGAAUUGCCGGACCCUACAAGUGGACAAACCAUGGAACGUUGUGGAGUAUGCUCCGAAAAGAGCUACUGCUCCCUUUGCGUCCAUUGCGAGAAAAAGUGCUGCCCGGAGUGCAAGGACGCGCACAUGGACAUUCUCAGGCGCGAGAUAGCGCGAAUCAAUUCGCAGGUGCGAAGAGGUCUGCAUCGCCUUCAGGAUGCCCUGGCACUGGUGGAGAAGAACACCCUGGGUCUGCAGACGAAUUGUGCAUCGGUUGCCGAAGAGGUCGACGAAAUAUAUCGGAGGCUGAGCAAAGCCCUUAAGGACCGCACGGAGCACUUGAGGAACGAGGUCGAUCGUUAUCUAGGAGCAGAACUGCGAGGUCUGAUCCAACUGAAAGAGAACCUGGAGCUAGAAAUCGCGAACAUCCAGAGUAACUGCGACCUUGCGGAGGCCCACAUCAACGAGAACGUGCCAUGGGACGAUGCAGAACUGCUAGACACGAAGGAGCUCUUCCUGCGUACGGUGGAGUUCAUCAGAAAUUUCGAGUACGAGGCCGGUGACUACAACCGCCGAGUGCGUUUCGUGAUGGCCCACGACCCCAAUCAGCUGGUUCUCCACGUGGCUGGUUAUGGAGAACUGAACAUCAAGCCGGAAACCGGAAGCGGGGCGCUGCUAGGCAGUACAGGUGGACUGGCACCUCCUGGGGGAUCCCCUGGUCUGAUGAGGAGCAAAAGCGACCACCGCCUCGCCUCCCAGUAUCGGCAGGACGAAGACCGCCUCUCCAGGAACCGUUACGUCCCCGACUAUGACUACGACGCCCCGGAGUACGAGCCACCGAGGAACAAGUCGAGGUACCGAAGUCGAUUCAUGAGACAUCGAGAUGGAGACGACUCGGACGGGGAUUCCAGAUCCACGGUGAGAUUCACCUCGACCCCUCAGGAGCAGUCUCAGGGUCUUCGGGAACGCGUCCUGGACACCGAGGACGCGGCCAGAGGACCCCUUUCCGGGAUCUUCCGUCUGACGGACUCUCCGAGGGUGAUGAAGAAGCUGCAAGAGUGCGAGAGGGCCGUCAAGAGGAAGAAAGACGAGCCUCAGCAGCCCCAGCCUCCAGCUCCAAAGCCUCAGGUCCAAGUCAGGAAGACGCCGACGGCAGUGGCCAGACAAGUCAGCGAGGACGACGAGAUCUCGAGGAUCAAGAAGCAGAACAAGAACGCUCCACCCCCCGCAGAGACGCUGGAGGAACAUCCAGCAACAACCCCAACGCCCACCCAUCCAACUCCCAGGGAAACCCAGGAACGAGAACCUGAAGAACCACCUCGAAGAACCCCGAUUGCGAGCAGGAGAACCUCGACGGAAGGUCACGCACCAGGUGCGAGAAGCGCAUCCUCCGACUCCAGUACAGGAUCUGAGAGUUCUACAGGUUCUGGGAUCCGCAACACUGGUGCGUCCUUCACGGCCGAAGAGAUGAAGCAGAAGUACCUGUCGAGGGCCCCGACAAACGUCUCCACAACGACCACGGUGACGUCGGCCCCAGGAGUCACCAGCACCCCCAGCAGAGACUCCACCGGCCCCGCGACCAGUCCCAGACCGUUCCAGAGUCGUUUUUUAGGCGCAGGAAAUCGGGCGGCCCCUCCACCGCCGGCUCCGGUAGCUAGAGAGGAGCCGAAGAAGAAGGAGGAAGAGGAGGAAGAAGAGGAGACCAGCAGCAGUUCCUCCGAGGAAACCGAGUCGGAGACCGAGGAGGAAUCCGAAGCCGAAGCCCAGCCGGCUAAUCCUACCCCCAGCAACCCUCCAGCAUCCCAGGACCGACAUAGGAGCGAAUCCGCAAUGGCGAGGACCGACAUCGGCCCUCUUCUUGCGCGCAGCGCGGAAGCGAGACGCGGCAGCAAGGAAGACUCCCCUUCCGCUAGAUACUCAACCCCUCGAGGGAGUCCCGCCCAAUCUGCGUCAUCCCCGACGAGCACGACGCCACCCGUGACGACGACGACGAAGACGCACCCGACGCCGACCGCGACAACGCCACUGACGACGACCACGACGAGUAGCUCAUCCCCAUCAGGAACAUCGUCCCCGGGUGGCUACACCAGCAGGGCCGUUAAUGACGAAAGCGACUUAGCGUCAUCGGGCGAUGAUAGUGUCGAGGAUAGCGCGACUAAGGUUAGCGGUGUCGAGAACGAGCCGAUCUUCAGGGUCUCAGGGAUAGAGGGGUCGCAUCCGGGGAGCGAUAGAGGUUUAGAGACUGACGUGGAAGGCAAAAGCGAGGCUAACGACAUUGGCGCUAGGAAUCGCGAGGAUGAGGAGGAAGAUGAGGAUGACGAGGACGAGAGUCCAGGGAAAGAUAGAGAUUUAGAGACUGAAGGCAACGCCACGAUGGCUACUGACGGUGGAGUUAGGCGGGAGGUCGAGGAUGAUGACGAGGAAGACGAAGACACCCCAUCUGGGGAACUCAGAGUAGAAUUAAAUGUUGGAAAAAAUCUCGGGAACGGGGAUGAGUCCUCGGAAUCUUACGACGAGGAGAAGAGACCCGAUGAAAUCUUGAAGAGGGAGAAAUUAGAGAGGCAAGGAAGUAAGAAGAAAGAGGAUCUCGACAGCUUGUUCGAUGACAAUGGAUGGGUGGUCACAGAGAUGGAGGUGCAGUCCGAGAAAAGGAGUUCCAGGAACAGGAGAAUCGGAAAGGGAGGUCCGGAGGUGAAUAAGGCUGACGAGGUGGAGAAACGCGAAAUUCGGAAGCUGAAGAACGGGGGAUUGAAGAGUGACGACUCGAAAUUAGUGGAACCUUCGAAGCUGGCCAGGAACGGUUCUAAAAUGGUGAAUGGAGGUCCGGCGAGGAAACCUAGUGGGAUAACUUCAUUGGACGGGGUUCAAAGAGCCUUGAAGAAGACAGGGAGCGGAAGCAGCUUGGAGAACGUGGAGAACGUGGAGAACGGUGGGUCCGAGUCGAGCAACACCACUGACGAGUCUCAAGAAGAUGACUCCAGCGAGCCAGAAUCUAGCGAAGUUGCUGCUCUAAGAAUCACCGAAGAAGAGUCCAAACAGAGACUGAGACUGGAGAACAGCAAUAAUUUCAGGAACCAGAACCACGGUGGGUCGAAAAUCCAGCCUAACGCGGAGCUGCUGGACCAGGUCCCCAACACCCCAAAAGACCCAAACCCAAGAAAUCGAGUUUACAGGCAAAGUAACAUCGGCGAAAAUGGAUGGCUCGUUUCCGAUGGAUCGGAAUCCGAGUACGAGAGAGCUGAGAAAAGAUCGGAAGCGUUGAAUCGAAAUUCUGGAGAUGCUGCAAGAAUCGAGGUCCAGCCCAGCAACAAAGCGUCGAGGAAGGGCUCCAAGACGCCUCAAGAUUCCCUGAAGAGCAUCGACGACAGCGGUUGGGUUAUCGUCCAAACCUCGGAAAACGAUGAAGAGGAUGUGGAGGAAGGUGAUAAAAAUGUUGAAGGUGGAGACAAGGAGCGAAACAAUGAGGAUCAGUUCAGAGAAGUGCCUCGGUACAAGAGAAGUCGCCCAUUGGGUUGGACCGAUCGUCGCGAUGUCGACGACACUCGGUUUUCGAAACGUCCUGAAAAUGGCACCGUUGUUGCGAGUGCCAGGAACUGUCAGAAGACCGGAAAGUCCGGCCAGCUCGAGGAAAGGUCUGAUUCCGAUAUGAGUAUACCGAUGCAAAUGGUAACCACCGUCUUCUGUGUGUCCAUACUGUGUUACAGCGUUCUGAUUAAUCUCUUCCUGUGACUCAAGGGGGAGGACUUGCUCUCUCUCUCCUCUCUGUCCUCGUCUUCGCACGAUUAACAGGUUGCUCCAAAAGCACGAUAAGCUAGCCAGUAACUACCUCUACUAAAAAGAAAACGUGAACAUUGGCUACGAAGAGUGGUAACCACGUAACCAUUGGGUCCUCCGACCCCGAUGCAAUGUCUUGCCACCGAGGAAAUGUCGUUUCUUCGGGUUACGACGAUGAAGAAACUGAACAAUUUCCGAAAAGGGUGGGAGAUCGAAACGAUUAUGACGCCUUCAUGUUAAAAAAAAAUGGGAUAGAUAUGAGCUUUUAUAUUUUCGAGGCCCGCGGACCACGAAGUGGGGUCGCGACCGGAGGUUUUCUCCCUUUAGCGCCUUUAGUAUCGAUCGUGCUGAAAAUUUCAUACCAGAAGAAAGAUUCGUGAUAAUGUUUCACGGAAAAAAGGUCUUUAUGCUUUUUCUGUGUGACGCCCUAGAUUAGUUGAAAAAUUGGAAAACGUGUUGGAGGGUGACGGGGGGGCCCGUCAGUAAUUGGGAGUCGUCCUUUCUUGACGUUGUCACUUUGCUUCCGGCAUUCGCGUACUCUGAACAAAGUCACGAGUGAAUGUCGGGGAAGCUCGAAGGUUUCUUUGGGAAUUGCGAGAGCGUUGCAUCGGCAUGGGAAUUAAUCUAUGACUUUUGCCUCCACGUCAUGGUACUUCACAGGCCUGAGUAGCUAGAUCGCUAAUAAUCUGAGUGGUUACUGAAACGCGAGGGGGAAAUCCGCGAGGUCAGAAAUCCGAGGAAGGAAAGAAGAGGCGGAGAGAAAGAGAGAAAAAGACGGACGGAACCGAGCAUCGAGACGAGAUUAAUUAGAUCCUCGCGUGAAAACCAGGUCCCAGAUUUUCAUUUAGGCUCGAGUCCCGGUUUUCGCGUCGUCCUUCGACUUCAUUAAGCUCGGGGAAGCCAUUGCAUUUCGUAUUAAACUGAUUGUGAUAACUUUUGGCUAGAGUCGCAAGAACGUUCCUAAAUGCAUAUAUCAGCAACCGGAGUAAACGCAAUGGAUAACGUUGCUCAAGUAGCGGGAUAGCUUUUUAGACAUUUUUCUACGUGUACUCCUGUAUAUAUACAUAUAAUAUAUAUAGGUUCGUCUGUC